CCACUUUGUGCUAGAGAUCUGCUCCCGAUUACGCGCGCGCGCGCACACCGCGCGUCCCGUUACACGCGCCUGCAUUCGUUCAAAUCGCCGCUCAUGGAGAGCUGAUGUCUGGCGCUCGUUCAUGGAGUCUCCUGGUGUCUCUCAGAUUUCAGGAAGUCUCUGAAGUCAUCAGCUGCUGUCUGCUCUUGCUCUAUAUUAUGGUGGUGCGGUCGUGAUACGCGUGGAUCGUCCGUGUGGAUCUUCAGUCGGGCAGCAUGUCCACCCGGCACGGGCCGAACUUUGCGCUUCUGCCCGCGGUCUGCGCGCAUGUUGUGUCCGUGUUGACUGUCUGCUGCGCUGGAAGUCUGCUUCUGCGAGCCGGUCAUCCGGAUGAACGCGGCACGCUGGAACAUUAUGACGUCGUUGAACCACGCCUGCUCAUUGGAGGACAGCAGAGACCGGUUAACCUCCUGAAGUCACUGGGUCAUCCUGGAUCACUGAAGGUUCUUAUUGAAGUCGAUGGUGAAGAUCUACUGCUGGCUUUGCAGAAGAAUGAAGGUCUGUUUGCUAGUCACUACACAGAAACACACUACCUGGAGGACGGACGUGUCACCACCUCACCAAAUGUCACGACUCACUGCUACUAUCAUGGUGAAGUUGAGGGACACCCGGGGUCAGACGUCACCCUCAGCACCUGUGCUGGACUCAGGGGACUGAUUUCACUUGAAGAUAAAGUUUACGUUCUGGAGCCACUGCCGGAUGGGAACAGCAUCACACAUCAUAUUUAUAGAGGAGGACACUUUAAACUCCAGCAGGGGACGUGUGGACACGGUCACAACAUUUCACACCCCACAGAGCUCUUCAACACUACAAGAACUGACUUUAAUUCUCACAGCAGCAGGUAUAAAAGAGAUGCGCAGAGCAGCACCAAGCACGUGGAGUUGAUCAUCGUCGCUGACAACCGCGAGUAUCAGAAACAGGGGAAAGACUUGGAGAAGGUGAAACAGAGGCUUGCUGAAAUCGCCAACUACGUGGACAAGUUUUAUAGAUCUCUGAACAUCCGUGUGGCUCUGGUGGGGCUGGAGGUGUGGAGCGAUGGAGACAAAUGCUCCAUCACACAGGACCCGUUCACAUCACUUCACGAGUUUCUGGACUGGAGAAAACUGCAGUUACUUCCACAGAGAGCUCAUGAUAACGCUCAGCUCAUCAGCGGGGUUUAUUUUCAGGGCACUACCAUCGGUAUGGCUCCCAUUAUGAGCAUGUGCACUGCGGAACAGUCCGGGGGCAUCGUCAUGGAUCACUCUGAUAACCCUCUGGGUGCCGCCGUGACUUUGGCUCAUGAACUGGGACACAACUUUGGAAUGAAUCAUGACACACCGGAGCGAGGGUGUGGCUGUAGAGCCAGUGUAGACAGAGGAGGCUGUAUCAUGACACCAUCUACUGGGUACCCGUUCCCCACGGUCUUCAGUACGUGCAGUAAGAAGGAUCUGGCGGCGAGUUUGGAGAAAGGCGUGGGCAUGUGUUUGUUUAACAUGCCGGAGGUGAAGGUGCUCUACGGAGGACAGAAGUGUGGAAACGGUUACGUUGAGGAGGGAGAGCAGUGCGACUGCGGGGAUCUGGAGGAGUGUAUGAAUCCCUGUUGUAAUGCCAGUACAUGCACUCUGAAGGAAGAAGCUGUGUGUGCACAUGGACAAUGUUGUGAAGACUGUCAGUUGAAGCCUGCAGGUACUCUGUGUCGCGAGUCGAGGAACUCCUGUGACCUGCCAGAGUUUUGCACCGGCACUGACCCACAAUGCCCGGCGAAUGUGUACCUGCACGACGGCCACACCUGUCAGGGUGUUGAUGGUCUCUGUUACAACGGCAUCUGUCAAACACACGAGCAGCAGUGCAUCACGCUCUGGGGACCGGGUGCAAAGCCAGCUCCAGGAAUCUGUUUUGCGCGAGUGAAUUCAGCUGGAGAUCCAUACGGGAACUGUGGAAAAGACACGAAGGGAUCAUUUGCCAAAUGUGAAGCACGAGAUGCUAAAUGUGGGAAGAUUCAGUGUCAGGGCGGAGCCAACCGGCCGGUGAUCGGCACUAACGCCGUUUCCAUAGAGACCAACAUCCCGCUCCAUGAGGGAGGUCGUAUCCUCUGCCGCGGGACUCACGUGUACCUGGGAGACGACAUGCCUGACCCGGGCCUUGUGCUGACCGGCACUAAAUGUGGAGAAAACAUGAUGUGUUUAAACAGGCAGUGUCAGAACAUCAGUGUGCUGGGAGUUCUUGAAUGUUCUGUCAAGUGCAGCGCACACGGGGUUUGUAAUAAUAAUAAGAAUUGUCAUUGUGAGGCGCUCUGGGCUCCGCCGUUCUGUGAUAAAGCCGGUUUCGGCGGAAGUGUGGACAGCGGGCCGAUGAGACCAACAGAGGGCAGCAGUGUGACUGUGGGAAUCCUGGUGGCUUUUCUGUGUCUGUUGUGUGUAGGAAUAAUCGCAUGUAUUAAGAGAAAAACUCUCCUCAGUUUAUUCUUCAGCAACAACAAGAACACCAUGGAAAAACUGAGAACUGUGGGACCCAACAAGAUGAACAGUCCAGUUCACACACUGACGUUAGAUCACACACACGUGAGGACUCGCACACACUCAGCUUACAGGACGUCUCCACAGCGACAGACUUCAACACAAAGUGCCAACAUAUAUAAGCCGCAGUCUCCUCUUCAGACGGUGGAUUCUGUGGUGCGCAGGCUGCCCCAGUGCCCUCAGGUUCCUCAGUCUCGCCCACUGCCCCUGCCACUCGGCCUGACCCGGACUCUGCCCUCACCCAGCCUCCCUCACACCCACUCAUCCCCACCCAGAGCACCCCCGCCGGCUCACACACACUCACACACGUCCUCUCCUGUCCGCGGCAUCGCUUGUCGGAACGUCUGCAAGAUUGCCAUGACGUUUGAAAAGCCCAAUCCACCCCAGAAACCUCUUCCAGCUGACCCGCUCGGGAGGAACGUCCGGCUAAUGCGGAGCCCGUCUGCCAUCCGACUACCAGCUCCCAUCCCGACCCCGGUCACCCCUCGACCUGUCCCACCACAUGCGCAGCCUAGCAGACCCCCUCCUAAACAACCCCCCGUCCUGCCCAAGCCUCAUUUCACAGCGGGAGUGAAGUUCAGCAGCUGAGAGCCUGACAGACGCCAUCUCGUCUCUGGAGAUGCUCGCAGAUUUUUGCACUAUGAAGCUCUGCAGACACAUGUCAGAGUGUCAGAGUCCUGAUGUAAGGGGUGACCUUUGACCCCCGAGGUGCUCGCCCUCUAAACGGUGCUAUGAGUUGAUGCUCAGGUACAUGUCAGGCGCUAUUUAUGUUUGUUUAAAAUGUAUUUAUUAUUUCGGUGCACUGUGGUCGACACUUUCUCUAUCGUAGCAUCAAUCGGUGGUCCGCCCACGUUGUCUUUUUCUUUUUGUUGUUUUUAGAGCAUCAUUUAAAAUGAUUUACCUGUAUAUCCAGAGCCUAAAUGAACACAUGACACAUGGAUGCUCUUUAGGUUGGGCUAAACUGGAUUGAAAACCAAAUUGGAUUUAAAAUGGAAUUGGGGGUCGCGUUUGGGAAAUGUGCCUGAAGUGUUUUCAAUUAAGUUUUUGUUGGUUCAAUGAUAUCAUGUUUUAUGUAAUAAGGGCUGUCCGUCGGGAUGUGACAUUCCUUGACACCCAUCUUCAUUUUAUUCUUUUAUUACUCAUUUGAUCAGUUUUUUCAUAUGUCAGUGGUUAAACCUGAAUUCAGACUCUUUAACAUAAAAGCAUGCAUUCAACUUUUUUUUUUUUUUAAUGAUCUGAUUUGAUGUGUGACAUCAUUUUAUGAUACAGGUUGAGCCGAAACUUAAAACGAUGGAGAGAAAUAUUCAACGUAUUUCUAGAGUUAUAAAACGACUCAAAGUCACCUGACAUUUAGAGAAAAGAAUCUAUGCAUGGAUUAAAGUCACUUGUUUCCCUUUUCAUGUACUUUCACUAUUUUCACUGUCAACUUCUGAUGUGAAUUGACCCGUCUGUGAUGCUGUCUGCAAAUGUGGAGCUCAGAUCAUUGCUUUUUAUCUUGUGUUAUGUGAAUGGGUCUUUAGGAUUAUAAUGCCACAUUUCUGUGAUAUUUAAGGGGUGUUGAAUGUACAGCGAUAAAAACACUCCAGAUAUGAGCACAUUGCAGAGUACAGUAACAUACAGGAAGAUCCUAUUCAUGUUAUUCAAAUUCAUAACCAUGUUAUUUCGCAUCCAAAACAUUCUGAUCGUGGUUCAUUUGAAAGAUUGUGAGAGAGACAAAUGGAGAUUAUGAAUUAUUUCUGAUUUAUAAUUCAGAUAAAAUGCUUCAAUAGAUCGUCUGCAAAAGUGCUUUAAAGAAGAUACAUAAGCAACCUUCAUUAUGUGGUUUCUGAAAGUGCAGUAGCCUAUCUGUGGGCCCUGUUUCAUGGUCAUGUAGACACUUUAGAAAAUGAGUUAUUAAGAGGAAAUAAUUAGAUUGUUUAAUUACAGUGUAUGGGCUAGUUGCAGAAGAUGGCGCCAUUGAGCUUUUGCGAUGCCAGAGUCGGCAGACUAAUUUAUAACACUAACGAGUUGUUUUGGCUUAACAAUGUGCUCAGCAAUGUAAAGAGGAUCUGUCAUGUACUUUCUUCUUUUUUAUCUAAAAAACACCCAUAUUUGCCGGCCCAAAAUCCUCCUUUUCCCAUGCAGUGUUAUGCAACCGGAAAUUAGUCUGCCGACCCUGGCGUCUCAAAAGCUCAUCGGCGCCAUCUAGUGCAACUACUAGCCAAUUUAACGAGUUUAUUUCUAAAAACAGAUAACUACAUUUUUAAACAUUUUAAAAAGUCAUGUUUUUAUCAUUUUGUUAUCUUGUUUUUAUUGUGUUAGCUGUGUUUAUUAUUAUUAUUGAGUUAUAUUACUUAAUCAAAACAAACCAACUGCAGUUUGAUUGAUAUUGGGAUGCACAAUAAAAAACAUGAUUAUUGAACAUUUUUAAAAGUGAGUUAUCUGUUUUUGCAAAGAAACUCUUCAUUUGUACUCUAUGAUAUUGAGAUGAUGUUCACAGUUGUGCGAAAUUAUAUUGCCACAUGAGGCAUUAGAGCGGGCUGUGUUUGACAAAGUAAAAAUAGAUGAAUGCAUCUGUCAUUAGCAAUAUUUCUCAAUAUUCCCAUAAUCCACUUGGGCUUCUUCAAAACUCAGUCAUUACUUGCAAUGCAUGAUGGGAGAUUUGCAGCAGUGCAGAAAUAGAUCCGUGUGUCCUGAAGACUUCACCAUCCUAAUGCAAAUUUAAAAAACACACGUGAUUUUGGGGAAAUUACUCGUUUUUCUGGAACAAUAAAACAAAUUACAGGAAUGACAGUCUGAACUUGGAUGAUGUGGGUGAUUAAAUCAUAACCAUGCAAUCUAGUUUCUCUAUGAUAUUAUGUUUAUCUAGAGACACAUUUGAAAUAUUCCUCACAUUAGGCCACCCAAAAAUCUAGCAUUAUGUACAUUGCUAUGUGACCAUAUAGCCACUGGAUCUUCGUGUUUUUAUAACAGGUGCACAGCUUUUUUAGACCACAAAACAUGUGUUUUUGCUUUAUUUAUGGUUGGUAAAUGUUAUAGAUUCACUGGCCAUUGGCAGGUGUUCAGAAAGUGUGACAUGAAAGAAACUGGACUCAUGAAAAUGAAUAUAUUUGUCACCACUGAGCCCAUUAUGAUUUCAAAUGUAUGUGUGCAUUUAUAUGAGCCAUUUCCUCACAGUGCCAUCAUUUCUCUGUGUUUACAUUGUAAAUGAAUCUCUAUCAAACAUCCAGAAGCCUUUUUCUAGUGUUAAACCACAACCGUGCAUUAGAAAACUCAUAGAGACUGUUGAAAUGUAGACUCUGACCGGAUUAUAUUAUAAUCAUGUGUCUCUAACCGCCUUGCCUUUUUCAUUCACAUCAUUUACUUUGAGUCAUGUAUUCACACUCGUGUAAUGUUCUUACAUGUUUUCUUCAGUGUCUGUGUCACAAUGCUUUUUUUUGUGAUGCAUACUUUUUUUUAUGAUACAUAUUUGAUUAAUCGAGAAAUGUGAAAUAAAUUACUGUAUGUUAAUGUCUGUGCAUUGAUUCUGAACACAUAAA